AUGCUCUUUGGCUUCGUGCUCUUCAUAACAAUUUUGUUGAGUUGCUGCUCGGCGACGAUCUACAAAGUUGGAGACUCCGAUGGAUGGACGACGAAGGACGACGUGUAUAACAGUUGGGCCGAGCGUAAGGAAUUUCACGUCGGUGAUUCACUUGUCUUCGAAUACGAUCGCAGCCUCAACGACGUCACUCAAGUAUGGGGCGCUUUGGAGUACCAAUUCUGCGACACUUUCUCUCCUCAAGCCGUUUACAACACAGGCCAUGAUGUCGUAACGCUCACGGAACCAGGGUUUUACUACUUCAUCAGCUCAAAUCGUGUUCAGUGCCAAUUGGGACAGAGACUCGACAUUCUUGUGGUCCAUGACCCGUCACGUCCGAUCCCUCCACCACCGCCGAGCAAGGUCUUGUAUUUCGGAAAGACUUACAAGGUCGGUGGCUCCAAAGGAUGGAGGGUUUACGACAGCGAAUUCUAUAACAAGUGGGGUGAGGAGAAAGAGUUUCAUGUCGGAGACAAGCUUCUUUGCGAAUACGCCAACGAAGCCAACGACGUGUACGAAAUCAGCGGCCAUCGUGAGUUUGAAACCUGA